GUGGAUGAUACCCCCGGGAAGCAAAGAGAUGAUAUACAUAGGUACAGGUCCAGGUUCCGUAGAAGAGGAGUGAUUUUCUUCUACAGAGAUGGGUACUUGUUUCUUUUCUCCCUCUUGUUCUUUUCUCUCUUGUACACCUUCUGUACUCUGCUCUAUUCUAUUCACUCUCUUCUAGACACUCAGGCUGCAGCGCUGUGCGUUGAUCUACAGUCCGGAUAUACAUUCACACUCACUCAGCAUCAAGUCUGUUGAGCUUUACUAUUCUUCUUUUACUAUCUUUCUAUUAAUCACUAUUCAAGCUGUUUUUUGUUUCUGCUGGCUAUUGUUGCCAUGGCGAUUGUCUGAAUAAACAUACACAUUCAUUCUUCUGCUGCAUGAUAACAAUGAGACUGUCUCGACAACAACAACAUCAGCAUCAAUAACAACCUAUACUUCCCGAACCGCCGUCAAAACUACCUAGGACACUCGCCACCAUGUCCAACAACCCUUUUACGCCUUCUUACGGCCAAAGGCGUGAUGGGCCUAAGCCGUCAGAGCUACAAAUCCCCCAGAUACCGACUUUCCCACUCUCUUCCCCCAUACAUGAAGAGCUACUCACGCCGUUCGAUGACCUCGACUCCUCACCGGACCCUUCAAACCCAUUCACGUCGCCACAGGGCGCGAAGGCGGAAACGUUCAGCUUUAACAACCCUUUCCUGAACCCAAAGGACGGCCUCGGCGGGAUAUCGAAACUAAAGGGUCGCUGGGGAUCAGUCAAACAGCCAACUCGCGUUAACGUGACAAGAAGGUCACCCAAGCCUGGCUUAAACUUGGUCACGAACUUUUCUUCGCCUGGUGCGCAGAGCAGGACGUCUCAGUGGGCUGAACAGCAGCAACAACAGCGGCAAGACCAGGAUGGGACAAAACAUUUCAGUGAGUUUGCCGAGACGGAUGGCCAGUCUAUAUCGACGUCUAGGUCUCUUGCCAGGACAAAUUCGAAGAAUCUACGAAUAGAUACUUCUCAGCUCAAGCCAAAAUCAAGACCAGCACGCGUGGAAAAGCGUCAGUCUGCUCGAAAAGGCCCUAUACGGUUGUUCCAGAAACCUCUUUCACCAGAGAUGGCUGUCUCACCGUCUGAUAGACCUAUUGUUAUAGGCGUGUCUGUCCCUCUAGGCUCACCGGCUGCUUUAGCGUUUAGCUCGGAUGCAAGGUCCACUCCGGGAAGAGCGAAUAGUAUACAUAGCCUACGCAGCCACGGAAACACCCCAGUUACUCCAACUAUAGUUGUCACACCUGCCUGUGAAGAACGACACUGGAGAUCAGACAAGAUGGAGGAGGCCGUACCACCAAGACCCCGGCCAGCGUCAAGUAUUUACUCAACAGCUACUCCCCUGGUAAGGGGUGUUAACAAGGUUGAAGAUAUCCCUCCAGUGCCCGCUCUUCCGCCGCCAGGAGCCUAUGGUGGACAGGGGAUAGAUGAUCCGUUUGGAACUAUGGAGGCGAUUUCAGAACGGCGAAGACGCGUACUUUCAUCUGGGACUUUGUUUGAGGAGGAAGACUCCCCGUCAAGACAAAUAACUCGGCCACGAUCGUUUUCUAACAAGGAAAUCAGCCGUAAAGAAGACGCACUUGUUACAUCUACUAGCCGGUUCAGCCUGGAGACCAUCUCUCCACGUCGACGAUCUGAAGGUUGGUGGAACUACCUUCUCUCUCCCUUGCUAUCUCGCUCUAGUACAAUGACUACUAUCAACACCCUUCACCGUAACGGAUCCCAGGGUGAUGACGAAGGACCUCCGCCUGUGCCAGAGUUACCAAGCAACACACGCCUACAGCUUGCUAUACCAAACAGGCACGAUGAGCCAACUUUGGCAAACAAGGAAUGGCAGGACAAGCAAAUUUCCGUUUUUUCACCCAUUACUCCAGAAACAGCCACGGAAAAAGGGUCUCCUUCCGUUAAACUCCCUGCUUCGGGCUGGCGAGAACGGCUGGUUUCUGUCUUUUCUCCAAUCACCCCCGACAGUGCAGGUACUUCCAAGGAGAAGCGUAUACUAAGCAACGUCACUGAAUGGCCUGGCAUGGACCACUGGUACUUCCAACAGGAGAAAAGCCAGACGAAGGUUGAUACUGGAAAUCUUACCCCCAACACUACUGUGAAAAACCAGGGGAAUGUCACUACUUCAACUAGAAACCGUGACAAUGAAGAACAUAGGACAUCGCUUUGCUCUGCCGUCACGUCGCAGUCAAUUCCGUUCAUGAUGUCGGAUCCCUCCAGUCACCAUGCGAGCGUCAGCACAGGUGCUAACCAUAAUUCCAGAAAUAUCUCCAACAAUCAGUCCUUUGCCAGCUACAGGGGGGUGGCUACGAACAAGGACUCUAACCCAAAUAUUUGCAGGACUGAUUCCCACAAAGACCAAAACACGAAUAACCCGUUCUUUCAACAGUUUGUCGACUCUAUUCGAGGUGAAGACGGUAGAAGACGCUCUGACUCUGCAUCUACUAUGAUCGAAGAGGAUGAACCCGAUAUUUCCCCCAACGUCCGCCAUGCAACUGCCACCCCGAUUUUUCACCACACCAUGCCUACGAUGGUAGGGACUCGUGGCCCGCCCCCUCCCAGAGCACCACCAGCAGCAGCACGACGAACUAGCGUAUCGAGCUCUGGAUCUGAUUCUUCAUGUUCUCCCGAGCCAACACCGGAGAGACCAAAGAAUAAGAUAGCGGGUAUAGGAACUAUCAAACGUAAGACAGUUCCAAAGUACCAUGCCAUUCUACCACCAGACAGACAAUCACCCUUGGAAUCACCGGGCCCUCUCUCUCCAGAAGCUCAAGCCACGUUGAACUCCGGUGGUAUCCAAAUGAAUGAUGUCCCUUUACCACGUCGGCCGGAUAGGACGUAUCUCCUACCUGCAACCAACGAUUUCCCCCGCCACCCAAAGGUAUCCCCAGUCAUAAUGCAGACACCAAUCAUCCGCGAGACUCCCAAGAUAGGCAUCACCAAAAAGAAUGUCGAGUCCAAAACAGUAAUACAACAGAAAAAGGUAUCUCGUAAGGAGGUUCUUGGUCAGGACAGCAGUUUCUGGCGUGGCCAAAAGUGUCGAUGCAAGCAGGGCUGUGCUGGGAAUCGAGACUGUGAAGGUAGAAGGAAAAGACGAAAAUGCUGCUGGAUUAUCAUCAUCUUGAUAUUGCUAUUCCUCAUCGGGUUGGGCAUUUUGUUAGGCGUGUUGCUGACGAGGAAAGGUCCAGGCCAGAGCCAACCUCCAAGACCACCUGGUUCUGGGCCGCAGCCAACACCUGGACAAGAGCCGGGGCAGAAGAUGGAAGACGAUCGGUGGUUGAAUCUCACUGGUUACCCGCCUAUUCCAACUGGAAUAUCUACCGUUGCUGGCCCGAGUGCUGCCAAUAUCAACUCGGGCUGUAUUGCACCAACAAGUAUGUGGAGCUGCUCUUUGCCCAAGGAGAUGCAGGACGCAAAUAGACCGUUUGAUGCGGACCAGCCUCGGUUCAAGAUUGAAAUCAAAUUCAAGAACGGGACCUAUCAGCAUAGCACCACCACAGCAGAUAAAGGGAAGAGAGAGGUACCUACCAUUUCCAACCUGUUCGUUCUUGGAAACUGGGCGAGAAGACAAUACCCCCUUGAACGCAGAGAUGAAUUCACUCCAUCUCCAGCACCACCUAGUGUUGAAGAGCAAUCAUUUCUCGGAAAUACUACUGACAAAACCGCCGCUCCAUUCGAGGGAGAGGAAACACCCUUCUUCGUAACCGUUCUAGACACUGCUCCGCCAAAGGGUGUUCCUGGAACAGGAAACAGUGCUCGAUUCCGCCGUAGUGAACCAGACGGUUUCCCUGACCUGUCCAAAAUCAUCCCUCCGCCAGCUCUUGAUACAGAUGGCACAGCUGCACCAGCAACUCUAUACCCAUUCCCUUCAUCCCAGCCUCUCCGUCUAUACGAUCGAGGCUUACCAACAGAGCAUUAUGGGUUUUACACAUACUACGAUCGAUCUAUCUUCCUCAAAUCCUCACGCCCCAUAGGCGAUGGCAAGGAAACUGGAAACAUCCCUAGCGAUCUCGAUGGUGGCUCAACGAAAUCCGCUGCAAGCGUCCAGUGCACAUGGGCACAAACAAGGUUCCUCGUCCAGAUAUGGACUCAACCAUCUAAAGCAGGAUUGGAACUCAUGUCACAAUCCGGUGAUCCUGGUCCAAAACCACCAUCCUAUGCAGAAGAUUACAGACGGCCCGGUUCCUUGCCAUACCCGAUCACAAUCACUCUGGAUAGACAUGGCGGUGACCCGAAGAAGAAAUUCGUGUACUGCUAUGGCCUAGAUGUGGGCGGGAAGCCGAUCCUGACAAAGAAGAAACUCCAGCUUGAACACCGUGAUGUUGGCGGCGUGCUUGUUAAUCCUGCACCGGGAAUAUUCAACAUCUCAUCUUCGCCGAAGAACAGCAAACGAGCGGAUGUCCCUGGAAUAGACGGCGGAUCAGGCGGGUGCCACUGCGAAUGGAGAAACUGGCUGAAGGCCUAGACCGUAAAUGAUUAUGUUUUGACGUUUUGACAUUGUUUGUUCGAUAAUACCCUAAGAUUCCAUUACUAUUCUGCGUUAAUCGUUUCUGAUAUUGUCUUUCUGUUCAUCUUUUGCACUGACCGUACAUACACGGACCCGACGCUUUCCUAUGUCUUUCUUUUGUCCUAUUCUUCCCCUCCCCACUGCAUUGGCAUUUUGGACAUUGCAUGUUUCAUGGACAUGAACCUCACGGAGCCGGAGCCUGGAUUGUUAUCCUGUCUGUACACAUAGGUGGCAUACACGGGAGUUUGGGUUUACUAUGUUUUACGUGUUUUAGCUUGUUGACUGAUAGUGUAGAGGAUAAUAAUGAAAAUGACUUUGAUGUUUGAAAAUAUACCCUCGGCGUGGUCCGUCGGAUUCUAUAAUUAUCGUAGUAUUCAGGGGUAGCCUAAUAGCUUGAUCCUAGAGGCAGUCAAUUCAAUGACAGCUGUGAAUAAUUACUUCACCGUUUAGCUUGACUCUCCCAGGACUUCUCGAGUGGCUAUCUGGAGUAGUUAACCGAGAUGUUCACUCCGGCUAAGUGAAAUAAAUUAUUAACUAGUUGGCUAGGGGCUUCAAUGCCUGCCAAGUGAAUGGAUCCCAGUGACGUCAGGGGGGAUGCGCCAGCUAUAAAUUCGCCCAACUUUCCACUCCUCGAACUCCACGACCUGACAUCAAACAACUUACUUCUCUAUACCUUUUUAUCCGGACGACUGCCGUAUCCUAGCGUUCAAUAUCCCAGGCUUAGGACAGAUACAACCAACUAGGCUACCACAGGGCACUAAAGGAGCAUGCUUUACGAUGGAGGCCAUGAUGUCAAUGGUCACUGGCCCAAUUCCAGCCCCGGACCCAGAAAGGAAUAACUAGUUAAGCCCACAGAUGUGGGUUACCACAACGGGAGUGUUUUUGACGCUCUGCCAUGGCUCUUUUCUAUCAUAACUAGCCGUCGUGGUAUCAAAAAUCUCAGUGCAGCCCGCGCAAACCAUGGACGACAAACCCAGCAUCUCAACAACUUGCGACAAUAUGAUUUCAAGAUGGAAUGCAGUUACUCAUGGCGGUUCUAUGCUCAUGGGCGCCUCGAGUACAUGGAGCAGCACGGUCCGGUUGUUAUGAUGGAGUGGUAGAGCAAGGACGAGUUCAUGUCGUUAUACCCCAAAAGACCAACCGAGGCGAUUGAGGACUGGCUCAGCGAUAGAACGAACGAGUGGCUAAAGGUCAUAGACCCGGACCAGCUAGUGAAGGAAGCUGAGGUGGCUUCACGUUGAUCGACUGCUAGAGAGAGCAUCAAAGAGAAGUAUGACUUUGGAUAAGGCCAUCAUCCGUGCAGGAGAUCAAUACUUUUGUCAAGACCUCGUCGUUCGUCCAUCAAAAGGGGGUUCGUUGUUCGUUUCCCAGCAAAAGUCCCGCGGCUCGGUAGUUAAACAGAUUCAAGUUGGACAUUUUACAAAGCUGGUCAAACAAGAUUUUCGCCAUCCUACAAACUGUGUCGUGAAGAUAACCGCCACUACAUGACUGCACCCUAGAGGAUGAGAGGUGCUCGACCGUGGACAAAAUCCUUUAACUGUCAUGAGUAUCAAUCAAUUUGCACACGGUUGAACGGCCCUAUGACCAACUACCCUAUCACUACUCCCUCCAAAUACCCUGCUGGGGUUCGUCGUCAAACAACCAGAUGCUUCAUUUACGCCAGUUUAAUUCUCAUUUCGGAGGCUACUAUUGACGCCCAGGGAUGGCUAGAUCCAGCCGCAGACAUUACUGCAAAGAUAUACCAGAAGACUCCCAAUUCUUUUUUUGACACAAUAUGAACAUGAUUCCCUACGACGACAAUUCACCAAGCUGACGGACAAAGUAACUAACUAGUUACUGGAACAACUGGGUUAAGGAUACAAACAUCAAUACUCCGUCGGCGUCUCGUUUCCCCAGAGUUGCCAGUUGGGUAUCCAAGCAAAGCAGCGGUUACUCCCAUUUUGCUGCUUAACUCAACAGAGGCCUGUGAAACCAUAUCACAACUUGGAUGUUGCUUCGGGGGCCCAUCUACAAGCAAAUACUUUAAAAAGGCCUGUGUUUGCUAGUUUGGCUGCUUUUGAACGAUGCUCCCGGACGGAUUUACGAGUGUUCGUCCUUGGUGCCACCGAAGUUACUGGUGACAUGAUGACACCGAUGGCACUCGAAAGCACUAAUUGGUUUACAACCCAUCCACCAGUCAGAAUGAAAGGAGUUCUAUUUGGUGAUUGAUUAAACCAUCCGACCGUCGUUGUCUCAUUCGGAGUAUAGCUUCGGCUUGCUGAUCACUGGUGCAGGCUCACUCUUUUGGCUCAGUCGUUUUGAUAAAGCACCUACGACAACUACAUUUGUGCAUUGCGUUGCAGACUAUAGCAUGAUGAACAGCUUUGCUUCAUGAUUUCCAUUUGCUCUUAUUUCGUGAAUUCUGCGGGUGUGAAUUUACAAACCAAAUGCAGAAAUAUACAUCUGUUCGAUACAGCUAUGUGGCAUACGUGGCCCCUCGCCGCCGAUAUGAGACAUGCAACUGAUUGGCCUCCGCAACAUGUUAAGCUUACUGAUAAUCACGUCGUCAUGGCCUUGCUUUAUCUGGACCCAGAUGUUCAACCAAAGGAGAUAUCGAGCCCUUCAUGGCGGGUAACUGGAUAUAUGAUGCUCGAAAAUAUGUCACCGCUACUAGCACUCCUGGAGAGAUGGAUGACAAUUCCGUAGAUCGUAGGCGCAAGGUUCUCUGGGGUUGAUGAAUGUUCCGUGGAACGGCUCGCGUAGCGGGAGAAAACAUCGGUAGUGGAUGUGACCGCCGGCGAAAGUCUGCUGAAACCUGAUACGGCCCGCCAUAUACCUUAGGUACUUAGCUCUUGGAUAUCUGGUUUUAGGGUAUAAUCUUCAAGUUUAUGUUCCGGAUCUGGUGCCUGGUUGAGGAGGCACCAGACACAGGCCUUAUUUAUACCCUUGGUGAAGUUGAAGAGCGUCUCAGUGUCAAUAUAUAAUGGAUUGCUCGUGGCGCGAGAGGCGCUCGGAGGCAUCAGGAUUGGUGGCGUCUCUGGCACAAUUGUUUGCGUGCCCUGGCAGACGCUUCAUGGUGGCAGGUUUAGUACAAGGCAGUACCUGUCAUGUUCUGGUGCGGAACCGUCCAAGUAGUUACUCAUUGAUGGCUGGCAGGAUAAGAUACCCAAGCAGAGAGUGUACCAGCUCGGAUCAAAGGACAGGCAAUAUUAAUGACACAUUCGAUAAGCUUCGUCAACAAGGCAGCAUGUCAUGAUGACACUGACCCAUACUCCCUCCGGCACUCAGAAGGACUGAACUAUUAGUUAGUUAUCCGUCCCGGGAUAAGCAUCGUGCUCCUGAGCAGACAAACCACGAGUCCGCAUGCCAUUACUGUUGCGUUCCUAUGAUACUUCCAAAACGCUUUCACUGAAGAAGUGCCCCUUUGCAUACAAGUCCGUGGAGCUCCUGGGUCAUCACGUUAGCCGCCUAGGCGUCGCAACUCAAGACCAGAAGGUAGACGCCAUCCGUCAGAUAUCGUUCCCGACCACGCUAGUUACAGGGUCUAGAGACAGCCAUCGGCCUCUUCGGUUACUACCGCCGUAGGCUGCGAACCCAACUGCUGCAAUUGGUGACGCCAUGGACACUACGCACACGUCUUACACUAAGGGCAAGCCCCAAGCAAGUCCCUGGAUGCUAUAACGGUUCGACAUGGUUUAUUUAUAUAUCCAAUAUCGGCAGUGGCCGAC